GACUGUAACAUCAAGACGCCUGCCAGCUGAUAAGAGUUUUUAUAUAAAACACUUUUUUUUCACUCUAAAAGUGUUUAAAAUCGAGUAAAAAUUAAUUGAUAACAACAUUGCAAGUGGUCGCAUAUAAGGGAAUUUCACGUGUUUGUUAUAAUAUUACUAAUUUAUAUCCAAGAAGGAUGUCAGUGAAAAUUCAGAAGAUCACCGAGCCACUGCUGUUGGGCGAGGGUCCGCACUGGGACGAGCGGCAGCAGGCGCUGUUCUUUGUCAGCAUAUCCGAGAAAACCCUGAAUAAAUACGUUCUCGCCACCGGUAGACACACCAGGACAAAACUUGAAGGCCAUGUCGCAUUUAUAAUCCCGGUAGAGGGCGCUGUCGACCAGUACGUGGUGGGUUUCGAAAAUAAAUUCGUGAUAAUGCAGUGGGACGGGGAGGAUGGUACUCCCGUCCGGCUGGUGAGGGAACUGGCUGACCUGAACCAAUACACAGACGCACCCACACAGGUGAACGAUGGGAAGGCUGACCCCAGGGGCAGAUUAUUCGCUGGUACGUUAUUGCCAAGCAAUGAUCUAAAAAAUUUCGAGCCGAAAGGCUCCCUCUACCGACUGGACGGCACUACCGUCACCAAGCUUUGCGAUGGGAUUAAAGUGUCAAAUGGCCUGGCAUGGGAUUUAAAGGAGAAGGCCAUGUACUAUAUAGACUCUUUGGAGAACAAUAUAAGGAGAUACGACUACAAUGUUGAAACUGGAGAAAUAUCAAACCUAAAAUACGUCUUCGACUUCAACAAGCACAAUAUAGAAGGCUUCCCUGACGGAACAACCAUAGACACGGACGGGAAUCUAUGGGUCGCCGUGUUCAACGGAUCCUGUGUAAUUAAAGUCGAUCCAAGAACUGGUCAGUUAUUAGAAAAGGUGGCAAUUCCGGCUCCGCAGGUCACGUCAGCCACUUUCGGAGGUCCCAACUAUGAUAUCUUGUUUGUUACAACCGGUAGCAUCAAUAUGGGAUCAGAGCAAGCACCGCCAGCGGGAUCUACUUUUAUGGUCACCGGUCUUGGGGUCAAAGGGCACCCCAACAUUAAUGUUAAAUUGUAGAUUGGUAACUAUUGAAUUGACUAACAGCUGUAGUGAACACUUAGCUUAAUCCAAUACGUAACAUGUUUCAAUGUAUUUACCUAUACGGUUUCAUAAUGUUAAGUGGUUAAUUUGGAAUCAUUUAUUAAUAAAAUAAAAAUUAUAUAUAAACCA